CUUCAUUUUUUUUUUGUCAAAAUAACAAAUUUCAAUUUAUUCGCGCACUAUUCGCUCUUUUAUAACGGCAUCAUUAAGUCGAUAGUCCGUCCGCCGAUUAAUAAAUCAAUUUUUGUUGUUUUUAAUUUAUUGUACCACCAUUAAGCAAUUAAAUGAAUUUAUAUCGAAUAGCGAAUCAAAAUUGAUCAUUCAUUUUUCAUUAAUAUUUCGAUGCGCUUAAUCAUUGGUUUUUAUAUUAAAAAUCAUUAUAAUUACUUUUUCUGACAUAUUAUAUUUAAUAUAAUAAAUAAUGAUUCAACGAAUUUAAAAAAAAAAAUAAAAAUAAAUUAUAAUAAUAAAAUAAUUGGAAUAAUUUAUAAGAGUAACAAUUUUAUUUUUUAAAAUCAAAUUACCACAUAAUAAAUAGAGAAAGUUAGUAAAUAUCCAAACUUCUUCAAAAGAAAAUCAAUAAAAUUUAAAAAAAAAAAAAAAAAGUGCUCAAUAAUAUAAAAUUGAAAUUUAGUGUGAUUAUAAGUAGCUGUGCGUGAAUCAAGAAAAAAUUAAAAAAACAAAAAAUUUAAUUUUUUUAAUUAAAAUUAUAUUAAGAAAACAAAUAAAAGAAUAAAAAUGAAAACAACACAAACAUCACAGUAUAAUGAGGGCUUAGGCCCCAAAAAAACAGUGUUUGUAAUGGUAACUGUUGUUGGAUGUAUAGCAAUAUUAUGGCCAAAAGUAUUUUAUCCAAUGAUGUUUGGUUCAUCACCACCACAGCAACCAUAUAAAGAUUAUCGACCAGGUGGAGCAAGUAUUUUAAAUUUAGAAAAAAAAUCUAUUCUGUUAAGCUCAAAUAAAUUCGAUGUUUUAAUUGGAUAUUUUCCGCAAUCAGUAAAAUGUUGUGAAGUUAUCUUGGAUGAAGAGGAAUUUGUAAAUGCAUCAGCAGUUGAAAUUGGACCACAAUUAUUUCGAAAAAAUUAUAAUUUCUUUCCUGAAGAGACCUAUUUACGUCAGGAAAGGCCUCCGCAUUUAAGACCAGAAGGAAUUCAUCCAGCAAUGAGAGAAAGAGGUCGUGCUAUACCAAAUACUCAAACAGUGCCUAUUAUUGAUAGAGCAAGAAGUUCAAGAGAUGCUCCACCAAGAAUCGUUGAAGGAAGACCUGGACCAAUACCUGGCAUGAGACCACCAAUGGGUGCUGGAUCAGUUCAUCAAGCACAGCCAAAGGGUAAUAGCAUGGGUAUUAUAAUGCCUCUAUAUACAAUUGCAAUAAUUGCAUUUUUCUGUUAUACAAUCGUAAAGUUAGCAUUUAAAAAGCCAAUACAAAACGAACCAUAUGGUACGUCGUCAUCACAAUCAAAUUCAUCAUUUAGAAAAGAUGUUUAUAGUGAAAAUUCUGGAAAAUAUAAACUUGAAGGGCCUAAAAUAGGGUGGAAGGAACAAGCAGCAAGAUGCUAUCAUCAUCAAUUGUCAGAUAAUGAUAUAUAUGGUCGAAAGCAUGAAGAUAAUAAUUGUAUUAAUAAUCAUAAUUCAAAUAAUUGUGCUAAUUUAUGCUCAACUAACAAAAAUGGCAACAUUACUACUACCAAAUUCACCAAAUCCAAUACAACAACAUCAGCAACAAAUAUUAUGGCUACUAUCAACAAUACAACAAAUGAUAUAACAUCCAAUAUUACAACCACAACCAAUGCUAAUAAUAUAAUUGUGAAUGCUUCUAAUAAAACCAGUAAUGGUAUUAGUAACAAUUAUAAUAAUAUUAAUAAUAACAGUAAUAGUAAUGGUCAUAUUAAAUCGAUUGAAAGAAAAAUACCACAUACUAAAGAUCGUGAACAAUUAAUGGAAAUUGAAUGGUUAAGGAAAAAACUUGAAGAAACUGAAAAAGCUAUGGCUAAAUUAAUAGCUGAAAUGAAUAAUACACAAAUUCAGAGAAAGGAUAUAAAUAAUGAAGUCUCAAAUCAAAAUGGAAAUAUAUCAAAUGGACAUGCAACAAAACAAAAAGAUCAUGAUGAAAAUGAAUAUAAUGGUAGUAAAGUUGAAAAUUUAUCAAAAAAACAUGAUGAUUCAUCACAAAAAUUAAUUGAUAAUGAAAAAGAAUCGAAUAUUAAUGAUAAUAAAAUAGCAUCAGAUAGAAAAAAACGUGAAGGAAGUGUGGAUAAAGCAGUAACGGUUAUGGGUAUGGAAUUAACUGCAAGUUUUGAGGGUGGUCAGAAAUGGCACCGCCCUGUAACACCUGAAUUUCCUCACCAUGAACAUUCCGGUGCCAGUUCACCCACUUUUAAUGGACAAGAAGAACCUAAAUCAAUAUAUUUAGAAGGUGCAUUGCCUCAUGAAUCACAAAUUUUAGUUACUGAUGCUGAAAUCAAAACAGAAAGAGCAUCUGAUUUAGAUUGGGAUGAAGAUGAUAAUGAACCAGCUGUUGUUUUAAGCAGUAAAAUUUCAUUAUCAUUAAUAAAUGUCAGUUCAGGUGAAGAAGGCGCUGAUGAUGACGAUGAAGAAAAGAAUAUUGAAUUAGAUGAUGUACCCGAAGAUUCUCAAAAUAAAGAAGAAAGCGAUUCAGUGGAGAAUCAAGAAGAAAAGCAUCAUGAAAAUGAAGCUGAUAAUGAUAAAGAAAUUUCUGAUGAAAAUUAAAAUACGAAAUCCGCAAAGAAAAUUUUUUUUUUUAAUUAAUUAAGGAAUUUUAAAACAUAGGUUUUCACUUUACAAUAAAAAUUUAAAAAUAAAAAAAAACAACAACAACAACAAAAAUUAUAUGAACAACUUUAAAAUAACAAAAACAAAAUAUUUCAUUUGAAAAAAUAUUUUUCAAUUAAAAUUAAAAAAAAGUAAAAACAGUAAAGAAAAUAUGUUUUGAUAAUCUACUUUAGAUAUAUACCAUUAAUAAAUUUAACUUACUUUCUUAACUCUUAUUAUAAGCCAAAAAAAAAAAAAUUAAAAGCAAAAAUAUUCAUUAAAUACACUUAUGUAUAUUUACAUAUUUUUAAACAACAUACUUAUUAUAAUAUAAUUGAUUAAUUAUUAACCCAUCAUUUACUCUUAAAGGAUAAAAAAAACAAAGUCAUAUAUUAUGUAUUAUUAAAAAAAAAAAUUUCUAUUAUAAUAAUUGACUGAUUUUAAUCCCAAAAAACAUUUAAUUAAAUUACUACUAUAUAUUCAUAAUUAUUUAGAACGAAAAUAAAAAACAAAUGUUAUAAAAAAUCAAUAUUUAAAAUUU